GGCGUUACCUAGGUCAGGCCUAUGGCAAGACCCGAAAUAUCAAUUUUCUUCCCUUCAGGGGGAAAAUUGUUCUAUUUCGGCUCUGUGCCUACGGCCUGACCGUUGAGAAGUGUUUACAAUCUGCCGGCGCGCCACGGUGUUAGAAAGCGUACUGUGACAUGUGUUUGAAGAAAUUGCUUGAUCCCCGCCAAUUUCCUUUCUGCAAAACCUCAUCCAAUGGCAUGUUAUCAUUGAAGCGGGAUGUUGCCACUGCCGAGCGGGUACUGCCGGCUCCUCCUUCUAUACCUGCCGAUUUCAACGCUGUGCGGACCCAUCCUGCUGUCACUGACCGAGAUGCCGGUACUAUCUUCCCACGAGUUGUGACGAAUAGUUGA